CCUCUCUUUUCCUUCAGCCUCAUUCAUUUCCUUAAACCCCUUCCAGAGUGGGAUGCAGGCUUCAAUCUCCUUUCCAAAUUGGAAUUACCACACUGAUUACUCCAGCCAACUUUUGAUGUAAGCAAGGUACUUGGGUCAUGUGUUUUAUUAUCAUUAUCGCCCUGAAAAGAAUACUUACAAGAAGAUUAUUCAAAACCAUUCUGCAGGCAGGGAAAUAAUGAUGGGAAUAAAAAUGCAUGCCUUCUCCUCUGCUCCUGGACCCAGCACUACCAACUUCACACUGCUUGAGCUGACCCACUUCCCCUCCAUGUCUCCAUGGGACGUGGAAUGGGAAAUAGGGAAAAAAACAAUUUCCUCCUCUAUUAGUCUGCUAAAGAGGUGCACUAGUUCAAAAGCCUGUCUCUGUAGGAGGCAGCCCAUCUGUCUGUAGGCUUUUGUUAGAUCUCUUUGUUAGGAUCUCUUUCUUGUUCCCAACCACCAGAUGCACUUACACAAUAUGCAAAUUUUCUGAGAUCAUAUCUUAAAGGAAGAGAAGUAGCAUUUAUCUAGCCUUACCUCUGCCCCAAAUAAAAUUCUUUAAGAAUGCUGAUCAUCAGAUAUACAUAUCCAAAACCUAACAGAGAAAAACAAAGCAUCAGCUGAAUCCUAAGAGAAGACUGGUUUCUUAACCAUGAAGAUAACCACCAUCUCUGUGAUCCUUUCCCUUGUGAGCUAUUGUUUCUUUCUAGGUUCAGGAGCUUCAGCAAAUAAGCUUGACUGCAAAAAAUAUCAAGUACAUCAACAAGAUCAACAAGAUCAACAAGCUACAAUAAACUGCAACAAGGAAAGAGACCCAGUCUGUGGAACUGAUGGCAUGACAUAUAACAAUGAAUGUUUCCUAUGUGCUGAAAUCCUAGAUGGAGCCAAAAUAGGCCUUGCCCAUAAAGGAGAAUGCGUUGACUGCAGCAAGUUUCCACAACCACCGAAGGGCAAGGGGGCAGACUGCCCUAAUCUAUACGCACCUGUGUGUGGCACUGAUGGCAACACUUAUGGCCACAUAUGCAUCUUGUGUGCAAGAAUUCAGUCAUCGGGAAAACUGAUUGGUAUAAAAAAAGAAGGACCCUGCAAAGAAAAGGCAAAUUUGCAGACCAGAGGAUAAGCAUGAUGGAUCAGACUGAAAGACCAAGGAGCUUUUUAUAAAAAUGUGGGCCCAAAUUCUGAGUCUCCAAAUUGCCUGGCUCCAAAUAUGUUAUCUUGCCUAAAUAAAAUGAAUUAAAGCUUUUUUUUAAUCUGUCCCUUUUUACCAGCAUGAAUGUAUGUAUACAAACAUGCACACAAAUCUGAACCAGUGAAUAGGCCAGGAGUCCUCAAACUUUUUAAGCUGUUCACAGUCCCUCAGACUGUUGGGGGGGGGGGGGGCAUGCAGACUAUAGUUUGAAAGAAGUAUGACCAUGUUUCUAACUACAAAAAGAAAUGCUGGUGAAGAUGAUGCUUGUAAUGAAUACAGUGGAGCGACUAUAGAGGAAACGGUGUAAGAAUCAACUAUAGUGUGUGAGAAGUGUAAAUGAAAAAAUUCCAAGUCUCGUUUAUACAAUAAAGAUUACAUGAAACAGGAGUUCACAUUUUCCAAUAGUGAAAGGUAUUCUUGUCCCUAGGGUUUGGCUUGUGGGAAUAUACUUGCAAAGGAAAGGAUGCUACCAAAUUAAAGCAUAAUUUUGCCUCAAAACACGGUCAUUUGUCAAAAAAAAAAAAAACCCAGGAGAAUACUUUAUUGAACUUUCAAAAUCUAUAAAGAAGCAGUCUACACUUUUCACAAAGGGAGUGAUUGCAUCAAAAAAAGCUCAAAGGCAAGUUACUUGAUUGCUCAAAUAAUUGCCCAAAUAUUGCCAAAAAGGAAUCUUGCUGUGCUAUUGUUUAAUCAUUGUGACCGAAUUUGAGAGGCAUUAAGCUGCAAAUGAAGGAUAUUUUUCCAAGAUGAUAGUAUGAGCUAUACAUUGCAAUUAGACUAAUCAGCAGACAUCAUUCACAUUGACAAAAUUAUUAAGAAAUGUGUGUGUUGUCUACAACUUCUAAUGAACACAGAAGAAGAAGAAGACGAAGACGAAGACGAAGAAGAAGAAGAAGAAGAUGAUGAUGAUGAUGAUGAUGAUGAUGAUGAUGAUGAUGAUGAUACAAUUUAUUUUGUACCUGCCUUUCCUUGUGGCUUGAGACAGGGUACAGCACAAUUAAAACAGACAGAUAAAACACAACACUAUAAAAAUACAUAUAAAAAUACACACAAGACCAACAGCAA